GUGUGAUCCACAAGAAAAGGUGAAUGCCCUUUCCGAGUUACGCAAGAAAAAGGGGGAUGUUUAAGGAUUUGGCUCCAAUGCUUUGGUACUCUUUUGGCACAAUGGCUGCACUACUCCAGGAAGUUGUGUUAGUCUACCCUACACUUUCAUCCCCUACAUUAUCAGCAAAUGCGUCGAGCCGAGUCUGCAAUGCACUUGGACUUCUUCAGACUGUUGCAGCACACCCUGUGACCAGGACCCCCCUUUUGGCAGCUCGAAUUCCCCUGUACUUAUACCCAUUCCUGAACACUACCAGCAAGGCCAAAUCUUAUGAGUACUUGCGCCUCGCUAGCCUUAAUGUCAUCGACGCUCUUGUUAAGGUAGAUGAUACAGAAGCUGUCAAUUUCCUGGUGACAAGUCAAGUAAUCCCUCUGUGCUUGCGAAUCAUGGAGACAGACAGUGAGCUUCCGAAACUCGUGGCCACUUCCAUCGUCAAAAGGAUCAUGCUAGACGAGUUCGGGUUGCAGUACAUCUGCGCCACCGCGGACCGUUUCUUCCAGGCAGCCAUGGCUUUGGCGACCAUGGUGAACGCACUGGCCGAGCAGCCCUCAGCCAGGCUGCUGAAGCAUGUCGUCCGCUGCUACCUCAGGCUGACGGAUAACCCCAGGGCCCGUGCCGCGCUGCAGAUCUGCCUUCCUAAGCCUCUGAAGGAUGGGGCGUUCGACAACUGCCUUCAGGAUGACCCUGCCACAAGGUGCUGUCUCCAACAGCUGCUGGACAAUCUGGGUGCUCCUGCGGGCGGCGGAGCACCUCGUCCAGGCGCCGGAGGAUCUGCGGCGGCUGGAGGUGGAGCACGUCAUCCUGGGCCGGGCCCUGCGGCGCGUGGAAGCCGCGGAGGUGGAUCGUCGUCUCAGGCAGGCCCGAGCCGCGCACCGUGGAUGUAAACUGAUCCGGUUGCAGAACUCACUGCAAGACUGCCGUGGAAGACCCUGUUUCCGCGCGUGUCUAAAGAAGUGUUUUUUAGGAGAAUGUCUAAAGAAGUGUUAUUCUGAAGUUUGUGAUCUUUUCAGUAAAGAACAGAACCAGUGUGGUGUUGUAAUAAUGAGCACUGCAAAGAU